AUGUCAAAGUGCUGUUGGUGUGUUCCGUAUAAGUACUCAGCUUUCCUGUUCGCCAUUUUUUGCCUAUUUUUUCAAAUCGCCAUUUCAAUUGUUUACAUCACUGAAGCGGAAUACGGUGCAUUCGGCUCGAUCACUAUCAUCAUUUUCUUUCACUUAUUCGCUUUCGUCGGUUUGGCAAGGGAAAAUGUUUGCAUGCUGAGGACGUAUUUUGUUUGGACGAUCAUCGUCUCGUUCGGUUUCGUGAUCAACUUCGGCUACAUGACCUAUAUUUUGGUUCGCGGAUCGAAAAAUCCAUUCUACGAUCACUAUUGCGAUAAACAUUCCUGCAUCCAAGAUAGUGACGCUAAAAAUCAUGCUCGUCGUGUCGCCGGCGCAGUUCUCGGCCUCUCAAUCAUCGCUUUGAUCAUCAAUUCUUCGACGACGAAGAGCUUUCACGCCUACAUUCACCAUCUCCUCUGCAAGCGUCAACGCGCCGUCCCCGAUAUCUGCUACACCCCAGCCACUCCCGUCCAAAGCCAGCCGGGCAUGCAAGUCAACGUCAUGGUCCAAUCCCCGCAAGCCGGUGGUCCGUAUCCAGGCUACGUGUAUCCGGCUCAACCAAUGAUGGCCUUCCCGCAACAACAAAUAAACCCAGCAAUGCCACCGGCUCACCCGUACCCAAAUGUCUAUCCAACAGCAGCUCCCCUAAUGGCUCAACCGCCGAUCUCCAGCGCUCCGCCAGCGUACAACGCCUAUGAAGAGCCUAAAUAU